AUGUUUGGUUUUCAAUAAUAGAUAUAAUAAUUAUAUGAAUUCUGGCUUAAAUACAUUUUUCCAUUUGAAAUUGAAUAUAGUAAAUAAACAAGAGAUCUCAUGUCCUCUAUGAUCAUUUAUCUAAUUUCAAUCCAAAGGAAUGUCAUUUCUUAUACUUUGUAAGCCAUUCAAUAUCUAUUAAACUAAUUUAAUUUAGGAGGAACCUUAAAGAUGCAUCUAGAAAUAGAGAUUUAAUUUGAUCACUUUGUUAAGCUCAGACAUUAUUCUAAAAAUAUUAAACUUAAAAUAUAUCCCUAUAAUAAGAACCAAUUAUUCGUAGUACUAAUCUGAUGAAGUAAAAUGUUUAAUUACUCAACUUAAUCUAAUGGAGAAGGAAGUCAAUCAGUAAUUUAAAGAUUGAAUCUCUAAUGGUCAUCAUAAUCGAAAACAAGAUCUAGAAUUAUUAAAGAAUUACUUUCGAUAAUAAAUGAUUUCAAAUUAAAUUAUCGCAUAGAAAUACUGAUGAGAUCCACCUUAAAAUAAAUUUAGAGGUAAACCUAUUAAGAAUACGAUGUACUUUAUGUACCAACUGAUGAGUUGAUAUUCUUAAAAACUAACAAAGAAUCUUCAUUAUCAAAGUGCCUACCUUAUUUAGAAUAAAUGAAUAAUUAUAAUUAGGUUAAAUGA